AUGAAGAGGAAAACGCAUAGUAAAUAUGAUGAUGAUGAAAAUAAAAAAAAAAGUGAUACAAAAAAAUAUGAACAAGAUAGGCGAAAAAGACUAAAAGGGGAUGAAAAAUAUAAUGAAAGGAAACAUGGACGAAGAAGUAGCGAUCGAAAAGAUGAUAAAAGAAAAGGAAAAAUAAAUGAUGAUAGCAUGCAUGAUGAUGCAUCAUACAAUUAUCAUGAUAAAAAUAAUUAUGACAAUAAAAAGUCGCCAAGUUAUACGAACAGAAGCAAGAGCAGAGAAAGAACUCGAAAUCGGAGCCGAGAAAGAGGAAGAAAUAGAAGUAGAGGUAGAAGCAGGGAUAGAAGCAGGGAUAGAAGCAGGGAUAGAAGCAGAGAUAUAUCUGUUAAUAGAAAACGAGGUAGAUACAAUGAUCAAAAUGACAAUUUUAUUCAAUCACAUAGUGGAAAUUAUUCCAAACGUAAUACAAAAAAAAGAAGCCGAAGUAGAGCAACUAGCCAAAGUAAUAGUAAAAGUGGUAGCCAUAGUAGGCGACAUAGUAAAUAUAAUAAUAGACAUAUUGAUGAUAAAAAAUUAAUAAAUAAUGCAAAGUUUGAUAACAAAAAUUAUAGUAAAAAUCGUAAUUAUAAUCAAAGUGCAAGUAACAGUGUUAAUAGAAAAGAUAUCAUAAAUUAUUCUAAUAAUGAAUAUUCAAAUAAGUUUAUACAAAAUUCAUAUUUUGAUAAAACUGGAAAUGACCAAAACAUAUCAAGUGCACAUUUUUAUGCAUCUAACAAUUUCCCUUAUGAUAAUAAUAUUGAAGAUGAUAAAUAUAAAGAAGGAAAUAAUAAUAAAAAAAAAAAAAAUAAACACAAAGAUUUUAAAAAUAAGCAUGGAAAAAAUAAAAAUAAUAAUACUACAAAUGGGAAUAUGAAUGCGAGUGCAAAUACAGCGAACCCAAAUCAUAUGUUAAUUUAUAAUAAUGGAAAUACAAUAGAUGGAGUUGGUUAUGAUAAAAUAAUACCACAAAAUAAUAUUAACAACAAUCCGAUUAACUAUAUACAUUACAAUAAUAAUAAUAAUAAUAUACCUCAUCCUAUGUAUAUGAAUAAUACUGUUUCUAACGACACAAAUUUUGAACCCAACAUAAAUGUUGAUGGAAAUAUAUAUAACGAUCAUAUUCCAAAUUCAAUGCCAAGUGGCAAUAAAUUAAUUCCACCUAUGAAUAAUCCAAAUCUAAUAAAUCAACAUCAACCAAAUAUGAUGGGUAUAAAUACUGUUUCUAACCAUUUAAAUCCACAAAAAAAUAUUCAAUCAAAUAGCUCGAUAGAACCCAAUAAUAUGAUAAUCCCUCCUCCACCAUCUUCAGAUGGAACAUUUUAUAAUAACAUGAACAUACCUCAUUCUAAUUCUAGAAAACCAUUAGUUUUAAUACCAAAUGAUAACCAAAUAAAAAUGGGUAGCAAUCCUCCAGGUUUUGUGGCUCCUCCUGAAUCCAUACCAAAUCAUCCAAACAUGAUAAACAACAUGAACAUGUCAGGUGGAAUUAACAUGUCAAAUGGGUUCAAUCCAAUUGGAGGUGAUAUAGAUAUAAAAGAUAUGAAAUUUGAAAAUCAAGGAUUAAACAUGACUAAUAAAAACUUAAUGAAUAAUAUACCACCACCUCCAGAUUCAGAUUUAAAGAAAAAUAUGAUAAUGCCUCCAAAUGCCCCACCAUAUAAUGAAAAUAAUUUAACAGUUCAAGGAAAUAUAAAUAUAUUUAAUAAUAAUAAUUCUAGAAAUAUAGUUCCACCCCCUUAUGGUAAUAUUGGAGAUAAUAAUAAUAAUAUGUUAAAUCAGAAUAACAAAAAUAUACAGAACCCUAAUUAUAUACCAUUAAAUAUACAAUCUAAUAAAAUUAUGAAUCCAAAUUUAAAUAUGAACAAUGUAUUAAAUGUUCAUAAUACUAAUUUAAAUGAAGUUUAUAAUAGUAAUGACAAAGAUUAUACAUCUAUAUCUCAAUAUCAACAUAAUAUGACACCAAAUCCUAUGAAUCUACCAAAUAGUUAUUUAAAUAAUACUGAUUCCAUUGGUAAUUCUGCAUCUAAUAUAAAUCAUAAUGAAAUGAAUACAAUUUCUGGAUUAAAUAUGUAUGAAGAUAAAAAACAUGAUAACCCCAAUUUUAUUAUAAUGAAAAAUGUAGAUGUAGAAGGGAUGGGAAUCAAAAAUAAUAUACACACAUCAAAUACUAUGUUUAUAAAAAAUCAAACAAAUUAUGAUAAUAACAAUAUGGGAACUAAUAAUGCUAAAAUGAAUAUAAAUUAUGAUGAAGAAGGAAAAGAAGAAUAUGACGAUGGGGUUAACAUAAUGAAUUAUCAUGAAAAUGAAAAUGAACAAAAUAAAUAUAAUGAAAAUAAUAAUGAUUUAGAUUAUCGAAAUAAAUCUGAACUUACAAGAGAAGAAAAAUUAAAUGAAUGGUUAGAAACACAAUUAAAUAAACAAACAGAUAUUCUUCAAGAUGCAAUGCAUCUAAUUUUGUUAAUAUCUUCUAUCUCAAAAAAAAAUAAUACCCAAAAUAAAAAUAAUACCAAUCUAAUGUCACAUCGAACAAGUUUUUAUGAUAACACAGUUUUGAAUAAUUUUAUCGAAAAUAUUAUUUGUUCAGAAAAAAGUGACAAUUUUUUAUUUAAAGAAAAAUUAUCAUAUAAAUUACUAUAUAUAAAUAAUAUAAAUAAAGAAAUAAAAACAAAAAUCGAAGAAAUUCAAAAUAUUGAUAAUUCGGAGGCUACUCAAAAUCUAGAACAUGAUACACAAGAAGAUGAUAACAUGUUAGAAAAUUUUAGGGAAUAUAUUUUAUUGAAUCAUAAAAAUAAUAAUAAAGAUAUACAAAAUAAUAACGAGAAAUAUAUAGAUCAUUUUAAACUAGACCCAACAAACAAUUUAGACAAUCUAUUUGAUGACUUAGAUGUAGAUACUCAAGAAAAUUUAUUUGAACCCGUUCAAAAUAAUGAAACUCAAUCUAAGCAACCCAGUAUGGACAAAAACGAGGAAGAUAAUAAAAACGAGGAAGAUAAUCGAAAUGAAAGCGGUGAACAAAAUGAAAAUAACUUUUUCUUAAAUAUUAUGAAAUCCAAAUUGGGAAACACCUAUUCUAUUUUUUCGAAAUUUACCAAUAAGGAAAAUAUUAAAAAUGACGAAAAAAACGGCGAAAAAAAUGAAGAAAAAAAUGAAGAAAAAAAUGAAAACAACAUUAUAGAUCAGAUCAAAAUAAAUAGUCAGGAAAUAACUCAAGAAACGUUUAACUAUAAACAAUAUCUAGCAUCAAUACUAAUAAAUAAAAUAUCAAAGAAAAAAAAUUUGAAUUAUAAAAAUAUUAUAAUCAAUGAACUUUCGAAUAUAUCUUCAGAUUCUUUAUUUUUUCUAAAUAACUAUAAUAUCACUUCUGAUGAUUUUGUUAAUUUAUACUGA